UGUCACCUCAGGUCCUGGGGCUGCAACGUCUUGGCUGCUGCGACUGAUCCAAGCUCUAUCUACGACCACGUCAAUCAUGUCUGCAGUCACAGUUUCAAACAUUUCCCCAAGCACCACUCAGGAGAAGCUCCAUGAAUUCUUCAGUUUCUGCGGCAACAUCAAGUCAAUUGAUCUCAAGUCCGAUGGGGAUUCGAAACCAUCGGCAGUUGUCACCUUUGAGAAACCUUCGUCCGCCGGUACAGCGCUCAUGCUCAAUGGCGGUACUUUAGACGGCGAACAUCUCCACAUCACCUCCGACGUGGAAUUUAACAAUCAUCAUGAGCAAUCGCAACACUCCAGCUCACCUUUCGAACAGUCAGACAAGCCUAGAGCUGGAAUUGCCGCCGAAUAUCUGGCAAAGGGUUACAAACUCUCCGACCACAUCUUGCAGCGAGCCAUCGAAAUUGACAACAAACAGGGGAUUUCCAAACGGUUUUUAGAUUAUAUGCGGGGCCUCGAUACCUCAGUUGGACAGAAAGCUCUCGGUCCUGACCAAACGGUGUCCGGGAAAUUGCAAUCGACGAUCAGGGGUGCGCAGACCAGGGCAAAGACCAUCGACGAUCAGAAAGGUUACUCCAAGAUCGCCCAUGAGUACUACUCAAAGGCGAUCUCAUCUCCCUUAGGAAAGUCCGUUUUCGACUUUUACACCAAUACUUCAAAGCAAGUUCGUGACAUUCAUGAGGAGGCUCGUCGUAUGGUCGACCAUCAGCCAGCUACAAGUUCCGCUGCGGGCAAUGCCGCACAUGCCACCAGUACCGGCGCAGCCGGACCUGAUGCACAACCUAGUCCCGCCACCCAGGCCGCUCCCACAGUUGUUUGA